ACAUAACUGUCAUUUCAAAUUAUUUUUAUUUAUGUUAAUUUUUAAUACUACAUACAUUAUUCCAUAAAUUCAAUGUACUAAAAUUACUUUCGGUUCUAAAGAGUUUUAAAUUGGCUGUAAGAUGGCAUCUAAAACUACAAAAAUAGCAGAUGUAGUAAAACCUCUUUCCUGGUUACUGGGAACAUGGAAAUCUAUUAACGCCUGUAGUGUGUUUCCAACUAUGAAAGAACCUGUAAAAUACCACGAACUUUUAACAUUUUCUAGUAUUGGUGACCCUUUUCUUAUAUACAAUUCAUUAACAUGGGAUGAAAAAAAUACGAAAUACAUGCAUGUGGAAGGCGGUCACUUGAGAAUAAUGGAAGAUGGAUGCAGUGUCACGUUGUUAACAUCGCAGAAUUUUGGAAUAUGUUCAGUGGAAGAUGGUAAGCUUGAAAACAAUUCUAUACAGGUUGACGCAACUAUUAUAUCCCAUUCGAAAUUCUGCCCGAAGAAGGUUUGUGGAAUUAGAAGGUGUUUUUGUUUAAAUAAAGAAGGUAAAUUGGAAUACAAAAUGUGUUUACAAACAGAGGAAGUACCGCUUACUGAACAUUUAGUAGUAUGUUAUGAAAAGUUAAAUGCCAAAAACAAAAAGAAGAAAUGUUAAAUAUUCGUGACAAUAUCUUUUAUAUUACCAUAGUCCAAGUGUUUUUUAUUUAAAAAUUAAUAUAUAAUCUACAAUAUCAAAGGUAAUUUAAAUAUUUAGUCGUUCUAGUCUAGAUCAUUGUCUCUUAAACCUUCUCAUUAUUAGUGAGCAGUAGACCUGUGCG